AUGUUUUCAGGCUGCGGAUGUACCACGUUAUGGGAGAUUAUUCAGAAGUUGGGUCCUCUAAAAUUGUGUGUAGCCGCCAUCUCGCUCGGCCAGAUUAGCUCUGCGGCCAGGAUCACCGGUAGCCACCUGGUCACGAAUGUCUUAUCACCAGCCUUCCACCCGUCUUCGCAUACACCCUACAACAGACAAGCGCAUACUCUCACCACACCCUACACCCGUCACCUACACACCGACUUUUACACAGACCGGCCAAGCUGCAAACUGGCCGCAGAUCUUGACUACGAACUGACUGAUCGUGUUAGGCUGACUCCAUUUCAUAUUCCGACUUUUACUCUCUCUCUCUCUCUCUCUGUCCUGUUGUCUAGCUUCUUCACUUGUACCUCGCCUACCCCCACACUAUCACAGCUCAGCCUGUCAAAUUCAGUUGCGAUGGCAUUUGAUCCACCCCGAGCAUGUGUCUGGUCGUGA